GAGUGCUGACAGAACAGGAUGAUGAAAAUAAAAAGAUGAGGCAAACCUGUAAUACUGAUGGUGGAGCGGGUUCCACUGAAAAUGUUCAAGCCCGGGAUAUAACUCAUCUCUCCAUAUUCGUCGACACUCCAACUGCCGCACCGAAUCCUGAAACCAAGCUAUUGGCUGACUUCAAGAAAGACACUCAUCUCAGCAAAGUGUACUUGGCGGGAAGAGAGUAUCUCAACAAGGAAGGUCAGACCUCUGUGCGCCCGCUCAUUGGGAAAAUAAUGCAACAGAUCGGCACAGACCCCACUCUCUGUCCAGAGUAUCCAUCAUCCUUUGGCCUUCCAGAAUUCACCAGGAGAGCAACAGAAUUGGUUUUGGGCAGGGACUGCCAUGCCAUCGUGGAGAACAGGGUGUUGGGUGUGCAGACUGUGGGCUGUACUGGGGCUGUUCGUCUGGGGGCUGAGCUCUUGAAGCACUGGUACAAUGUGAGCGGUGUCUGGUGUGGGCCAAUCUAUCUCUCCUCCCCCUGUGAUGACUCCUUGGCUGGUAUCUUUGAGGCAGCAGGGAUCCAGGAUGUCCGUCGGUAUCGGUAUUGGGAUACAGAGCAGAGGGGUGUGUGUGUGCAGAAAAUGAUGGAGGAUCUGGAGAUGGCUCCAGAGCAGAGUGUCAUUGUUCUGUCUGCUUCUGCUCACUGCCCUACUGGUUCAGACCUCUCCCAGAAGCACUGGAGACUCCUCACACAGUUUAUGGUGAGGUGUAGGUUUUUCCCUUUCUUCCUGCUGCCUGCACAGGGCCUAUGCCAUGGGGACCUUGAACAAGACGCCUGGCCAGUGCGUCUGUGUGCCUCUCUGGGGAUGGAGCUUCUGUGUGCCCAGUCCUUCUCCCACAGCUUUGGGCUUUACGGCGAGCGGGUUGGACACCUCUUAUGUGUCCUAAAGCAGAGCUCCACACUGCUAGCUGUUCAGUCCCAGGCCGAGAAGCUGGUCAGGGCUCUGUGGUCCCGGCCAUCUGUCGGAGGAGCUCGUGUGGUUGCCACGGUGCUCAGUAACCCUGCCCACCAUGUGGAGUGGCAGGAAGGAUUGAAGAGUAUGGUGGAGAGGGGCAUGCUGGUCAGAGAGAGGUUGAGAGAGAAGCUAAGGCUUCUUGGAUGUCCUGGCAGCUGGGAUCACCUGAUCCAGCAAGGUGGACUGUACUGUUGCACUGGGCUGAAUGUCCAACAAGUGGAAUUCCUGAAAAAGAGGAGUCAUAUCUACCUGCAUCCCAAUGGCUGUCUGAAUGUGAGUGCUAUCAACAGCCGUAACCUAGACUAUGUAGCUGAGUCCAUCCACCUGGCAUUGACCUCUGUCUUCUGACGUCCAUUACAAUACCUGUUGACAGCCUUUCUAAAAUCCUUAUUAAGCUGAACUAAAUCAUGUGAAGGAAGCA